AUGUCUCCAGCUGUUCAUGUUUUCAUCUGUCGCCUCAUGUUGCAAUUCCACAAUGAGAAAUCGAACAACUUAAUAAAAAAGCAACAGAAUCCGAAAGUGAAAGCACAACGUACACUGCCAUCAAGCGAUGUAUGUCAAUUAAUAAGGAGCCAUUGUUUUCACCCUGGAGCAGUUUACAUUGUGCAGAAGGACACUUGUCAAACUGGUACAGAUGGCAUCGACGAAAAAAUUGGUAGUACAGAUGUAGAAGAAAAUUAUGAAGAGGGGAUCAUUCAGAAUGAGGUUACAACGGACAAUACAACGGAAGACAUAGAAGAACAAACCAGUGAUGGAAAUGACAAUGGAACAAAAGAUCUGACUAACAGUGAAAAUACAAUGGUGAAACGUAAUUACGAAUUAAGGAAGAAACCACCAAAGAAAAGAAGGAAGAGUUUUUGGUAUGAAUACGACCAGAAGAAGAUUGCCAAGAGAUUGCCAUGUUAUGUAAGUGUCAAUCAUUGA